AUGGUGUUCGACCUUCCAGGUCGGGACCUAGGAAGACCCCUGAAGACCGAACGAAAGGGAUGGUACGCCCCCCUACCAGAGAGUGGAGGUGGCGGGGACCAGAGCACUGUGCAGUACGUGAACAGCCGGGAUAUGGCCAACAGCUUCUUCUUAGCGGCCCUCCUCCUCGCCGUACCAGCCUUCGGCGGUGCCAUCACCAACUCACAGGAGCUGGCCAGGUACCAGCACAUAGCACAGUUUCGUAAUUACCCGGACGAAUUGACGAGAGGAGCACUUUCGCCUCAAGAGCAGACGCACAUACUCAGUGAUGUACAGCAGCACAGGUUCUUAGUGAAUCAGGCCCAACGGCAACAGAAUUACCAGCAGCUGAGGCCGCAACCUCAAUCCCAUGACUUUCAUGGCGUCCAGCAAGCGCAGCAGCAGCAGCAGCGUCAGCAGCAGGAGCAUCAACAGCAGCAACAUCAUCAACAGCAACAUCAGCAGCUACAGCAACAGCAGCAGCAGCAGCCGGUUUACCAGCAGAAUUUCCAGCCCUACCAGCAGCCCCAGGAUUACAGCUUCCAACAGCCACCACCUUCCAUCUCUCCCAGCUAUCAAACCAACGUUCACUACCCGACUGAAAGAAAACCUAUCCUUUUACAACCAUCAUAUCCCACUGAAGAAAGCAAUACACCAGCACCUCCCCAACAGCAAGUCGCCCAAAACCAAGACCAACAGUCAAUUCGCAUAUCUGUACCUCAGCAAUCUAGUUAUAGACAACCCUCUUACAGACCCAAACAACCAUCUUUCGAUAGUUACCAGCAACAAUUCGAGAACUACGUCGUUCCUGAUAAACCAAAAGAUUACAAUAACAUCAACAUAGAUUUUAAUAGAAAUACAGGUUAUACUGCGGAACCACAAAAAGAAGAUACCCCCUCAUGGGUUAUCGAAACUCAACCACCGACUCCAUAUAGAAAACAGAAGCCAUAUGAUGCCAUAACAUUUUCGACUGAAUCGUAUAAAGUAACAACAGCGCCGACUAAAGCACUGAAGUAUAGACCGAAGCUUACUACGAAACAAGAACCUACUGCUCCACCAAGUAUAAAUAAAGAUGAUUCUUCAAGCCAACUAUUUAUCAAACAUGACAGGAAGAAGCUGUACGAUCAACUAGUUAGUUCACAAACGACACCACGCCCGAAAGUAACUUCGCCCGCACCAACAGCUGCGAGAUCCACAACCCAAUCCUCGAAAUCUGAAGAAGAACUUAUUCAAGAAGAACUCCAAAGACAAAUCCAAGCACAAUUAGGUGAAAAAGACGACAUUUUUAAAACACUAAAAAUAACCUUGCCCGGUUCUCUCAGCUCAGACCAAAUCGCCAAUUUACCGAAUUUAGCUCUGGGCGAUAAGUUGGAACAAUAUCAAAUACCUCAAUUACCACUUCCAGCUGAUCUGAAUGACAAUACAAAAUCAGCGAAUAAACCAUCCAAGGGACCUCAGAUAAAAACUAUUGUACUACAACAACCCCCAACAACACAAACUACAAUAAAACCGCCUACAGUUCUUUUCGAAGAGUUGACUAAAGGUGUUUUGCCACCAGGAGCUGAUUUCGAAGUCAUUAGACAAAAGCAAGAUGGUGCUCUCGAAGAAGUAGGAAAAUUGAAAGAUUUGCCUCAGAAGAAAGUAACUUUCGUAAUCUUGGAAGAGCAACCAGACGGGUCCGUAAAAGUUCAAGGCGUCAGAGGAAACGAAAAUGGGCCUACGGAAACUAAGGGCGCUGAAGUAGAAUCCAUUAUAAAGCAAAUACAGAAAGGAGAGAUCAAGUUACCACCAUCUGGUGGAAGAAAAAAUCCACCACCCAACAGUACACCAGAAGAAUCCAUCGCUUCUCCCAGCUAUGUGAAACACAGUGGAAAGAGCGAUUCGCAAACCAAGAGGAGGUUUACGACUAGGUCUCCAUCUUACCAGAGCACUGCUUACUCUACCAACUCACCUUACCAAGGGGACAAGGAGUCAUCUGUCACCAAGUCUAAGUACCAAUCUCCCACUAAAUCCACUUUCCUGCCGACUAUCACUCCUCAACAAGAAGAGAAGCUUUCGCCGGUGUACAGGGGUACGACAGAACCGUCCUUCUUGGACCACAACUACUCGCAGAACGUGCAGACCAAGGCGGUGAAUUCGUUCUCGAUCUCGACCCCUUACGACCAUCCUCCAACGGGACCCGCUAUCUAUGAUGUACCCACAGGCUCCUCACUGUUUUCCACUCAGUCCAGGACGACGUACACUCAGGCAACUGUUGACCAGGCGACUCCUAGUCCGGCGCAGUACUCUCCCCUACCGACUGCAUAUACCAACCUGCCUUCCUCAACAACACUGGACACUGCAACUCCCAACCCUCCACAGCUGAGCACAGCCUCGCCUUCUGGGUCCGUCUUAGCUGAAACCUUGAAGAAGAGUGGAUUUUUUGCUAUGGCUAAGUUCCUGAAACAAUCAGGCCUGGAAUCUGUACUCAACGAAACAGGUCCUUACACACUCUUCGUUCCAACGGACCGAGCGUUUAGAACCUUGCUUGUUCAGUUGGGUGGUCCCGACAGAGCAGAAAUUAAAUUCAAGGAAAAUCCAAGACUUCUAAGUGGGCUGCUGCUACACCACGUCAUCCCAGGCUCCUUCAAAUUGGACACCCUCCAGGACGAGAUGACCGGGGUGAGCUUAGCCGGCACGCAGCUGAGGGUUAACACCUAUCACACGCAGGACGCUGAAUGGAACGAUGUCAAGGUGACCACUAUCAACGGAGCUAAGAUCUUGAGGGACAAGGCGGACGUGGUGGUGCCGCAAGGCCUGGCACAUGGCGUCGACCGGGUCAUGUUCCCGCUCCCGGUAGGAGACAUCCUCCAGACACUCCAGGCCGACAGGGAAGGUCGCUUCUCCAGGUUCGUCAGGCUGCUCAGGGAAACUGGAGUCGCCUCCAUGCUCACCGGAACAAAGACAUACACUGUUUUUGCACCAACCGAUGCUGCAUUAGCUGAUGGUGAAGUUGAGAGGUUGCUGGAGAGCAGAAGCAACGCUAGAGCACUUGCUCUAAGGCACAUCAUGCCUGGCACACUCUAUUCGGCGGGUAUGCUCUUCUAUCAGCUGCGGGACAGCAUGUCUGCGCCCAACCAAAUACAGUUGUCAAAGGAAGCAGGUCGAGUUAAAGUGAACAACGCUCAUGUAAUCUCAAGAAAUAUCCCAACGACAAAUGGUGUGAUACAUGCAAUAGACACAUUACUGUAGUAUAUGUUUAAUAACAAAACAUACUGUAUAUGCCCUGUAAAUAUUAACGUUAUUGCUUUAGAUUAAGUUAAUAAAAUUGCUUUAAUUUUUUUAUGAAACACAGUCAUGUAUGUUUAUUUACCUAAUGAACCAUUAUGUAUUUUUAAGGAAUCUUAGAAAACUGUUCUGUAUAAAGUAUCUGAAAUAUGUCUGUAACAUGAAAUAUUUAUGAGACAAUGACAUAUAAAACAAAAUGUUUAAUAAAACUUAAGUCAUUGCUGUUAAAUUAUAUUUUUUCUCUUAUUUUAUUAAAAAAAAUAUUUAUUUUUUU